AAUCCCAGAUUUUACAACAUUGCUAGCAGGUGCUUUCUGUGUCUAACAGUAACAUAUAUAUAAAUAUAUAUGCUUCUUUCAACCAUGGAAGGCAUUGAAAUGGAGGGCACUGUGAUAUCCUCAGCUGAUGAGUUCUGUGAGUCGAUCCUCUCUCACUUCUCCAACUCGACACAAGAACACCAGCACCUGUGUGCAACAAUAGGCACCAUGGCUCAGGAGCUUAAAGAUCAGAACAUCACUCUCACCCCUCUUGCUCUUGCCUAUUUUGGUGCAACUCUAUCCUCACUGGACCACCUCCUCUCCACCACUGAUCCUCCUCAUAAAGUUGUCCAAUCUUUCACCACCAUCGUCUCCCUCGUCCUUCCGACGAUUCCGGCUGGCGUUGUGAAGAAAAGUGGGAAUUUUGUGUGGAAGACGGUUGUUGGAGCUCUAAGGAUGAGCUCAGUAACGGAUGGUCUGGUGCUGCCAGGUUUGAAAUGCAUAUCACAUUUGUUGACAACUGGAGACCAAGCUAAUUGGUCCAAUUUGGGGCAGUUGUAUGGUGUUCUUUUGGGAUAUGUUACCGACUCGCGUUCAAAGGUUCGAAAGCAAGCACAUUUGUGUCUUCGUGAUGUCCUACAAGUCUUCCAAGGAACAUCAGCACUGGCCCCUGCAAGUGAAGGGAUUACAAACGUUUUUGAGGGGUUUCUUCUUCUUUCCGAGAGCUCAAAGGCUGAUUCUGACGAAGGGCCUCGAGGAGUUCAUGAGGUUCUCUAUGUUUUAGAUGCUUUUAAGGACUGUCUUCCUCUUAUGUCCAUGAAUCUCUAUGUAGUUUGUGCCCACCCAACUAAAGAGGUUUCAGCUGAUUCAGUGCUUGACUUGUUAUGUUCAGUGGCUCUUUCUGUCUCCACGGAUGAAAAGUCUGCAGUUGCCUUAACUUUCAAUGCUCGAUUGCUGAGCAUGGGGAUGAUAAAAAUAUAUUCUCUUCAUAAGCAAACAUGUGUUAUUAAGCUUCCCAUUAUAUUCAAAUUCAAUGCACUCAAAGAAAUUUUGGCGUCAGAACAUGAAGAGGCUAUUUAUGCAGCAAUGGAGGCAUUCAAGAACCUGAUAAAUGCUUGUGUUGAUGAGACCUUGAUCAAACAAGGAGUGGAUCAGAUUAUAAAUACCAACAUGGAUGCAAUAAAUCCUGGACCAACUACCAUGGAGAAAUUAUGUGUGACUAUGGAGAGUUUACUUAAUUAUCACUACAGCGCAGUCUGGGAUGUGGCAUUUAAUGUUAUUUCAGCCAUGUUCGAUAAGUUAGCUCCAGGUGCAAUGGGUCCAGAGACGUUUUUGGGUCUUUUACCUCUGAACCUGGAGGCUAAUGACCCUUCAGAAGUAAAUGUUCAGCUGUUUCCCACUUUGAAGCAGUAUGUUAUUGGCGCCCAUUUGAACUUCUUCACUGACACCUUAUUGGGUAUGAUUGGAAAGAUGAGGCAGAGAUCACAACAGCUUCAACUAGAAGGAAGGAUUUUUUCCUCAAGGAGCUCAGAUGCUCUUGUAUACUCUGUUUGGGCCCAGCAAUUUGACCUUGCAGUUGCUCUUUUGCCUGGUUUGGAUGAGCAAGCAUUAGAUCCCUUAUUCAAUGCAAUAAAGCCCGCAUUGCAGAACUGUGAUGAGUAUCUUUCAUCAAAGCUUGAAGAAGAACUACUUCAACGUAUGAUUGAAGUGCUACCGUCUUGCCACUUGUCUGUUAAACGCCACAGACUUGAUUGUCUCUACUAUCUGAUAGCUUAUAUCUCCAAGGUACAGAAUGAGUCAGUGAACCUGAGGCAUGUCAUUCUUGGCUCUUUCCUAAGUGAGAUAAGACUGGCUCUUGAAGAGGCUAAUAAGAAAACAAGAAAUAGAGCUUACGAGGUUCUUGUCCAAAUUGGCCGUGCAUGUGGAGAUGAAGAAACCGGAGGGAAAAGAGAAAGCUUGCAUCAAAUUUUUAACAUGGUUGCUGCAGGUGUGGCUGGAGAAACUCCUCACAUGAUUAGUGCUGCAGUAAAAGGCUUGGCUCGGUUAGCUUACGAGUUUUCUGAUCUUGUAUUGGCCGCGUAUAAGUUACUUCCGUCCACAUUUCUCCUCAUCCAGAGAAAAAACAAAGAAAUUAUUAAGGCUAAUUUGGGUUUAUUAAAAGUAUUGGUGGCAAAGUCACAGGCUCAAGAGUUGGGAGCACACCUGGGAAUCUUAGUACAAGGCUUGUUAAGCUCGGAGGAUGAUACCAAAAACCAUUUUAAAGUGAAGGUGAAGAUUCUUCUUGAAAUGCUUGCUCAGAAAUGUGGUCUUGAUGCUGUUAAAACUGUGAUGCCUGAAGAACAUAUGAAACUUCUUACUAACAUACGAAAGAUCAAGAAGCGGAAAGAGGGGAAACUUUCAGCAAAUUCUGUGGAAAGUAAAUCUCAGCUGUCAAAAGCAACUAUAUCAAGGGUUAGCAGGUGGAAUCAUACAAAAGUAUUUUCUGAUUUUGCUGGUGAGGGAACAGAGGAUAGUGACGGAGAAUACAUCGAUUCUGAGACUACAAUUCCCAGGAGGAGGAGCUGGGUUUCUAAACGACUGAAAUCCAAGGCUUCAUUGUUACAGACCAAGAAAAAGCGUAGAGCUGAUAAGAGCUUGCCUGAAGACUUGUCAGCUCUUCCAUCUUCUCAACUCAAGCAGAAGCAUGAUUCAGAUGAUGAGCCUGAGAUUGACUCAGAAGGGCGCUCGAUACUUCAUGAUGGAGGGAAACCAAAGAAGAAGACCCAGAAGCGAAGAAAAACAUCAGAGUCAGGGUGGGCUUACACUGGAGGUGAGUAUGCUAGCAAGAAGGGAGGUGGGGAUGUGAAGAGGAAGGACAAGCUUGAACCAUUUGCAUACUGGCCCCUUGAUCGCAAGAUGAUGAGCCGUCGGCCAGAAUAUCAUGCAGCCGCAAGGAAAGGCAUGGCCAGCGUGGUAAAAUUGACGAAGAAGCUUGAAGAUAAGAUUGCCUCGAGUGCGCUUCCCCUGAAACUCACAGAAUUUAAUAAGCCUCCCAAGAGAGUAAGCAAGAGGAAAUGCAAAACUUUCUAAAUCAUUGGUUUCCGCAUGUUUGGUACAAAGGUGAAAAAUUAACAGUAACGGAAAGUAGAUAAUGAUUAAUGUGUAAUAAAUAAUAGAAAAUAAA